AUGAAGAGCCAAGUUGUUGUAAUCAAAUGGGUUUUAGUUUUCAUAGGAUUCACAAUCUUCUGCGUAGAAGCUGAGACGAUCAAAGAAGAUAAACACACUCUUCUUCAAUUCAUUAGCAACAUAACUAACUCUCAUUCACUAAACUGGUCACCAACUCUUCCUAUAUGUACCAAAUGGACCGGUGUUACAUGCGACUCCCACCAUUCCAAUGUCAUCGGUCUUCAUUUAGCAGCCACGGGUCUUCGCGGGCAUCUCAAGCUAAAGGACAUAGCCAGAUUAACUAAUCUUCGGUUUCUCAUUCUCAGCUCUAACAACAUCUCUGGACCUUUUCCUUCAAGUUUUCAAGCUUUGAAGAACUUGACCGAGCUUAAACUUGACUUCAACGAGUUCUCUGGUCCUUUGCCUGAUGAUGUCUCUUCUUGGGAGCGUCUAAGAGUUCUUGAUCUCUCUAACAACCGGUUCGAUGGUAGUAUCCCAUCUUCUAUUGAGAAGCUGGCUCAGUUACACUCUUUGAAGCUUGCUAAUAACAAGUUUUCCGGUGAGAUUCCUAAUCUCCAUGUUCCUGGUCUGAAGCUGCUGGACUUAGCUCACAACAAUCUAACCGGAACUGUUCCACCGUCAUUACAGAGAUUCCCACUCUCAUCAUUUGUCGGAAACAAUGUCUCCUCUGCAAAGCUGGCUCCUGUAAGGAACCACCACCACCACCACAGCCAUUUAGUUCUUGGCAUAGCGUUAAGCGCGUGUUUUGCGCUACUAGCUAUACUCGCUAUCUUAUUGGUGAUCAUCCACAACAGAGAAGAGCAGAGAAGAUCCACAAAGGAGAAACCAAGCAAGAGGAGGAAUGAUUCAGAUCCAAACCUAGGUGAAGGAGGUAAUAAGAUUGUGUUUUUCGAAGGGAAGAAUCUUGUCUUUGACCUUGAAGACUUGUUGAGAGCUUCUGCAGAGGUUUUAGGGAAAGGACCGUUUGGGACAACCUACAAGGUUGAUGUUGAGGACUCGGCGACCAUCGUUCUGAAAAGGAUCAAGGAAGUGUGUGUCACUCAAAGAGAGUUUGAGCAGCAGAUUGAACAGCUUGGCAACAUCAAGCAUGAGAAUGUUGCUACUUUGAGAGGAUAUUUCUACUCUAAGGAUGAGAAGCUUGUGGUUUAUGAUUACUAUGAACAUGGAAGUCUUUCUACAUUACUACACGGUCAGAGAUGUCUCUCAAAUAGGAAACCUCUAGAUUGGGAAACUAGACUCAACAUGGUGUAUGGAGCAGCAAGAGGAGUAGCUCACAUCCACUCACAAACCGGAGGCAAACUAGUCCAUGGAAACAUAAAAUCCACAAACGUUUUCCUCAACACCAAAGGAUAUGGCUGCAUCUCCGGAGCAGGAAUGGCCACGCUGAUGCAUUCGCUACCGCGACACGCAUCUACCUACCGUGCACCGGAGAUAACAGACACAAGAAAGGGGACUCAACCAUCAGACGUGUAUAGUUUCGGCGUGUUGAUAUUCGAGGUGCUUACAGGGAAACCAGAGGUGGGCAACCUGGUGAGGUGGGUGAACUCAGUGGUUAGAGAGGAGUGGACAGGAGAAGUGUUUGAUGAAGAGCUGAUGAGGUGUACUCAGGUGGAGGAAGAGAUGGUGGAGAUGCUUCAAGUUGGUAUGGUUUGCACGGUGAGGUUACCGGAGAAGAGGCCGAAUAUGAGUGAGGUUGUGAGAAUGGUGGAGGAGAUAAGACCGGAGAAGCUAGCUAGUGGGUAUAGAUCAGAGGUUUCUACAGGGUCAACUCCAUUAGGAAGUAUGUCAGGGUCACCGUAUAUAUUAUGA